AUGGCAUUGUCUUGCAGUAUGUACCACGUAUGUACCACCCUGUACGAAGUCCUGUACCCUCCCCCAGAUGAUACUAAAGUAACGCCAGCUGGUGCAGCGGAGCACGACGUGAAUUCUUCUCAACAGAUUUUUGUGACAGGAGUAACGGCAGACGCGCUCGAUGAGCGCCCGUUUGACGUGUGUCGUUCCACGCCCGCCGUUGGCGUCCCACGAGGUUGUGCGGAGACAAUAACUAGAUGUUUUGAAUAUUUUGAGCAUAAAAUCCUUAAAACGUUUGUUACAGAUGUGACAGCUGAGGCAGUAGGUGUAGCUAUUGCUGCACCUCCGUCAGAAGGGGAGGCAAAUGCAGAGCUGUGCCGCUACCUCUCUAAGGUGCUAGAAGUGAAGAAGAGUGAAGUUAUUUUAGAGAAGGGUGGUAAAUCACGUGAAAAAGUGGUGAAGAUUUUGGCAUCGAUGACACCAGAUGAGAUUUUAGAAAAACUGAAAAAAGAAGCUUCCAGUUGACCUAAAACAAGAGCGAGAAAUGGGACAAUGCAUCUUGACCUUUUUCCCCUCUGGAGAGUUUCCUGUUGGUAAGAUUUGUCCUCUUUCCUGGUCCUUAAACAAAUGGUUUAGAAAACUUGUUUCUUAGUGAAACAAACUUUGGUUACCGAAGCGAAAGGCUUGGGGUGACAGGCUUCCAUGCGAAAAGAAAAGUGGUACCAAAGGAUGAGU